AUGGAGAAGAUAGAAUGUAGGAUGUUUCGAAGUGACACUGCCUACCUUUUGUAUCUUCAACAAAAGACGAAAGCAGAACGUAAAGACGAACUCGAAAAAAACACAUCGAAGGAGAAAAAGGCUGUGGUUUAUAAGGACGAGUGCCGUCGACAUGGGGUUUCUUGCCUCUCUAGGUUUAUCCGCCAGAUCGAAUUUUCCAACAUUGAUAUGUCUAAUGCACGCCUUAACAGUUUGGAGGUUCUGACCAUCUUCAACACGAUAAAGACUGAUCACACAUUACGGGAACUCAACCUCUCUGGAACUAACAUGGAUUGUCCCUCAUACAAAUAUCUUUCCAAUUUUCUGAGAAAAAAUCAUACUCUGUCAAACCUGGUAAUACAAAAAUGUGCCAUACAUGGAGAGACCUUAAAGGCAAUUGUUGCCAGCCUAAUGACGUCACACAUUACAUUUCUGGAUUUAGGAAACAAUGGCAUACAAGACAACGACAGCGAAAUAUUGGCGGAAAUACUGACCAUGAAAACACUGAAAGAACUUUAUUUAAGUCACAACAGAUUGGAAACAAGAAAUACAAAAUCAAUUGGGACUUCACUGGCCUACAGCGCCUUGGAAACUUUAGACCUUUCUUGGAAUCACAUUCGUUUCAUUGGAGCCAUAGAAAUUGCAAAAGGAAUCAAAAAAAACCGGAAGUUACGACGACUAAAUUUGUCAUGGAAUGGUUUCGGAUUCGAGGGAUGUGUUUCUCUUGCGGAAAUGCUGGAAACUAACGAUGUUCUCACAGAUCUCGAUCUCACAAACAACAGAAUUCAUCCACCAGCGUUGAUAGCACUUAUUCGAGGAGUAACACAAAAUAGUUCCCUGAAAGUAUUGAACCUGAGUAUGAAUCCAAUUCCCGCCUCGUACACUUGCACGCUGCUUGGCACUAUUCUGAAGAACACGUCCAUUUAUAAGUUGAUAUUAAAGAAAAUAGUUGUAAAUGAGGAGUUCGUGGACAUUCUAAGAACUGUCAAACAGACGAGACGGAUUCACGUGGAGUACGAAAUAUGCCUUCCUGUUUCAUCGGUAGACAGCCAGACGAUGUCUAAACAGGUCAGGCCACCUAGGCUCUUCAACCUUGACCCACUUAAUCUUCUUUUCAUGCUGAAGGAGAAGAACAGAGCGCAGGACUUCUUUAACAAGAUAAACAGAAACGGGGACGAUGUGUUGUCUUAUGAGGAAUUCAGGGAGCUUUUCAAGAAAGCUGGUAUUCCUGUGUCCCAAUUAGUUCUGGAUAAAAUAAUAGAAUUCAUGGACCAAAACAAAGAUGGAAACAUUGAUUUAAGCGAGUUUUUGGAUGGCGAUAAGAGAAUUAAGAAAAUUUCACGAGGGCAGGCAAAGGAAAACAUGAGAAGAGAAAGUUACACAAAGUAUUCACGCUCUUUCAGAAAAGCCAAGAUUGAUUCACAAACAUUUCGUCUCAACAUUGAAACCGACCAAUAA